GAAGGGAGUGAAGGGAGACGGGACUGUUCGGAGGUGUACCGAGGCCGACACCUAAAGUGCGCGCCAAUCGUCAACUUCGCCGUCAGAGACAGUAGUCAAGCCGAACUGAGUGCCGGAAAGAUGAGCUAUUCGAGGAGCGUGACCCUGCUGCUGCUCCUGGCAAUCCUGGCACGUGCCCAAGGUGCCACCCUACUCGAUGCCCCGCCAUGCCCCGAUCCUUACGGGAUUCAUGCUUAUGCUCACCCUGAAGACUGCGGGGCCUUCUUCUUGUGCACGAAUGGCACGUUGACCUUCGAAUAUUGCGAGAAUGGACUUCUGUUCGAUGGACACGGUGCCGUCCAUAAUCAUUGCAAUUAUAAUUGGGCUGUCGAUUGCGGCCAUCGCAAGGUUGACUAUACGCCGAUUAGCAGUCCAGGCUGCGAGUAUCAAUUCGGUAUGUAUCCGGAGAGCGACAGUUGCAGCACCAGUUACAUCAAGUGUGUUCACGGUGAUCCGCUUCAGGCUCAUUGCGAUCCUGGUCUGGUUUAUAACGCCAAGACCCACACGUGCGUCUGGCCGGACGAGCUCAUCCCUUUCUGCAACCCCGAAGCUAUAGUGGGAUUCAAGUGCCCGCACAAGCUGCCCCCCAACAGUCCCUCUGCCAAGUUCUGGCCCUACCCGAGAUUCCCCGUACCGAGUGACUGCGGUAGGUUGAUCACCUGUGUCGACGGACAUCCGCGACUUCUCACCUGCGGAGAUGGAAAACUAUUCGACUCGGUGAGCCUGACUUGUCUGGACCCGGAUGAAGUUCCUCACUGCUCGAAUGGUAUUUAAAGUGGAGGCUCCUGAUAAUCAUCAAUUUUAAAUCAAUGAAUUUGGCAAAAAGAUAUAAUGAUAUUA